AUGCCAUUUCGCCACACGACCGAUAAAAUCCUCGUACGCAUCGGUGACGGCGACACGACUAUUGUACUGGACGAAUUCUACUCGUGGUACCAGUUCAAUGGGGGGAGGGCCGGAGCGUCUCGGGCGCUCUACGUCGACGACGUGAACAAGGGUUUCAGGCUGGCUGGCGAGUAUGCUGGGCCGUCAGUCCCGCCGCUGAUCAGCGACAUCCAGCAAUCCGGUUCCUUUGUAGACUGUGGGGCAAACCAUCCUCUCCAAAUGGCUGCCAUCCCCUUCUUAGAUCCCGAGAGAGUCAAGCAGGACCGCAUCUCUCUCCAGCGCACGUUCAAGAAGAAGCACAAUCACCUCCUCGCCAGCCUUGUGCACACGGGCCUUUAG